UUUACUACAAUAGACCUGACGACGCCACUGCUUAUGUUAAGUAGUCUCAAGAGAAAGCGAGACAAAGAGAAUGAUAGAGCCAGCCAGAGUAUGAAACCCAUGCAGUAAUAAUAACUCAAAAAGUACAAAGGCAAAAUCCGAAAGGUAAGCUUGAAGACCAGUGAGACUACUUUUGACAAAGGUAAACCAUUGACGAGACUAAUAUACCUGGACAGACCUAUACACAAAGUUGUGACUUUACUUGAGAUUGGCAGAAACUAAAUCAGACUCAAACCCAAACAAGGACACUUUUCAGAAAAUCACCAUGAAAAACAAUGAGUGAUUUUGGUGGGAGUGUAACUGUUAAUGAAUAGUUCUUGUAUUAAAAUGUUUUAGUAAUUUGUUAAGGGUUAAAAGAAGACUGUGUUUAUUGUUUGUUUGUUAAUAUUGGACACAGUCAUUGUUUUUGGUUACCACUAGUCUCGCGAGAUUUGCGUGGUGUGAGUUACAGCGAGCCCUGCUCUCGCCCAGACACAAAGGACUUUCAUUAAGCCACUCGCAGCAGCAGAGAGAGUCGGCCAGCUUCUUAAAAAUAAACAGGUGCUAGCUGCACAAGGUAUUUUCCGUUAUAAUUUUGUAUGUAUAAUGUGUUUGUAACUUGGUAAUUGUACUAUUAUUUUGUGCAAUAAUAAUAACAGAUCAAUAGGUGGCGGUAGAAUGCUAUUGCAAGUUGCCAACCACCCGUAUACACGGAACGAAGUGGUCUACGCAUGUGCAGUGUGUCUCUCUCUAAUUUAGAACAUUUUGGCGCCAUUGUUGUUGCUGUUGUGGUACCUGACGCCUUAACUCGGAAAUAAAAACAGCAACCCGUUAUGUGUAUGGCUUGCGAUAAAACACAUGCGUUUAUUCCGCCUACAUUCUUCUCCGUAGCGUGAAGGCAGCCCGUAGGGUCUAACGCGGGAUAACUAUUACUAUCACAUUGUGCUUUGAGGGUACGUGAAAUGGAGCCGGGGGACCGAUAUACGAGAAGGAUAACAAAGAGGAGGCUUUGGUAUCGGACUACCAAACAAGAUGAACCUAAAGGAGCCAGGCUGUCAUUGGGAGACGUCGACAGGAUGUUUGAAGACUACGACUCCCAAAGAGGACUUACCACGUCCUGCGACACGCACGCCAGGUCUUGAACUAAACAAUGAAGGGCCAACGAAGACAUCCAGCCCACUAGACGAGAACAGUGAUGGGAAUUCUCCACAGUUUGAGACUAACGAGGAAGCCAAAAGGCUGUCUCCUAUCCUUUUUGACCAUCAAGAAGAAGGAAACACAGCAAGGAAUAAGCCGAAUUCUGGCGUACAUGAUGACAUGGAGCCUCCCCCGAGCAAGGUUGUCCUUAAAAGGCCCACCUCCGCUCACAAGAAGAGACUGCAGACACCUUUCAAGUUAUCACAGGAGGAACCUAGCAUGUCCACUUCAGAGAAUGGCUGUGAGGACGUUCACAUGGAGUCCACGACAAAGAGCUUGCCACACCCAGUGAAAAAAGACAUCGGUGCAUUUCUGCGUAAAGUUCUUGACUCUAGUCAACCGAAAGCCAAUCCGACGACCCUGACGCCGGUGAAAAUGCCUACACCCCUUCCUGAGUUAGAUGAUGAUUACCAGAUUCUGGAAGAUGAUGUGCCUAUAUUCUUUUCCAUUCCCUCUAAAUCCAAGACUAAAGAGCGAACAAACAAAAAGUCCAUUAGUGGCAAAGGCAACUCGAUGGACAAAGGUUCCACGGACAGCUUGCGGGAGACAGAUGUACCGAGCAGGAAGUCAAUCCAAGACCAGAAGCCCCGCAAAAAAACAAAAAAAAGCCCGCGAGUGCAUCUUGAUACCCCUGACAAUGAGAAGCAAGAGAAUCCACACAAGAUGGGUGAGGAGCAACUGAAGGAGGCUGACAAUCAAACAGAGAACCUCAAAGGGAUGGGAAAGAGUACAAAAAACACCAUAGACAAUACCAAGAGAAGCAGAUCGGAAGCAAAAUCAAAAGAGACGACUGUGCAGCAUCAACAACCCAGCAGUGAGAAGGAUGCUGAUCCUCACCCUGAUCAGGCUUCUCCUUCAGUUUACGAUAUCGGGAAAUACAACUCUGACCAGGAUUUGGCGGCCGAAACAAUUGAACACCAUCAAUGUUCUUCUGGCGGCCUCUCUCCCUCAGAACAUCAAAUAUUGGGCAAAAGGAAAAGAAGACCGCCAGGUGAGUGGUGGGUAAGAUGCCCCCAGAACGUGGCGAAAGAAAAUUCCCCCCGUGUCAAAAAGCCCAAAUCGAACCGUAAAGAAGCUGCCAAGGCCAAGAAAGUACCUAAAAGCACGACCAAAAAGGACGUGAGAGUGACGCAGAAAAAGAAAAUAGCCCAGAUGGAAGGACCAGGCAAUGAUGUGAACUCAGAUGAAGGGGAACAAAUGGAAGAUCAAGAUUCCUCUCCUCGUUUUUUCAGUCCUCAAAUUUUCCCACAAGAAGAACAGAGACCCAAAUCAGCAUUACAGCAUACUGGCAACAAAAAAGCAUCCAAUCAGCCCAUCCGGUGUACUCCCACAAGCGAGUGGCUAUUAGACAAACGUCGAACCGGCUUGCCCAGAAAGUGCCGCGAGCUCACCAGCACGCCAAAUGAUGCCCAAGCGGAGCACUGUCAGCUUCCCAGUCAGAUUCCCAAAAAGUCCAAAGAGUCCAAACCCAAGAAAGCUAAAGCCAAACGAAGCGCAAUUCAGAGAAAAUCAGCCGGGAGCGCCGUCGUGCCGAAGAGCGUCAAUUCCCUCAAGCGGGCUAUACCUGUCAAUUGGGACGACAACGUCCCAACACCCGACGUUGACAUGGCAACUUUUAGUGCGGCCAGUAAGAGGAGCACACAGGAUAGGACCUUCCCUUCAGAGGAUAUACUUUGCAGCGGAUUAGAUCCCUUGAUUGAUCUGCACUGUCACGACGAUGAAGACCUUCCGACGACCAGAAACCACCUUGGCGAGCUCUCCGUUGUCGACCUAUGCGCACCCCCCCUCAAGCCGUGUACCCUCCGGGCCAAGGACAGGGCCGACCUGACAGAGUGGCUCCGGUUUCUGUUCCCCACUACGGUGAAAGAGAAUGAUAACAAAAAUUUGGCCAACAUCUCCCCAGACUACUUUGACUGGUACUUCCACAAAAGCCUAGUCAUGGGCAUUGCUGAGGAUAAGCGUUAUGGAAACGUCUCCGUCGGUAAAAUACUGCUAGGCUCCUUCAUGAAGAAACCUCUUUGGGUGGACCACAGUGCCGAUGUGGUUUUUUUCCUGAUGACGAGCUCCGUUACGUUCAACAUGGACUGCACUGAGUACCGUGUGCACGCAGGCAAUUUCUUUAUGGUGCCGUGUGGCCACGCCUACAGCAUCCACAACCUGGCACCGCAGCCGGCGGUCCUCUGCUUUACCAGGAUGCUGACCGAGACUCCCGACUGAAGCCUGGAUAGAUUCAAAAUUCAGUGAUUCAUUAAAAGUCUGUUUAAAAGAAAAUUCUUAAAAUGGAAACGUAAAAUGUCAUUUCAGGGAUGUUAAUUGUGUUUGUUUUCCCCCGUUUUCAACUUCGUUGUAUAGUUAAGGUUCCAGAUUAAAAUGUUUUUUUUUUUUUUUUUUUUUUUUUUACUUAACUUUACUAAGGACUAGGGAUGUUACAUUUGUUCAGUCUAUUUCAUUGUAUUAUUGUUAAAAGUUUAAAACAUUUACAUGAAAAUACAAAGUCAAAUAAACCAAGGAAACAAUGAAGGGAAGUUAUACAAUGACAAUAAAGGCAUUCAUUUAAAUGAAUCU